UCUCUCUCCUCCCACGCUUCAUCACGCUACCACAAGCUUCUUCUCUCCUCACAGUGAGAUCACAACUUCUGCCAUUUCUCUGUGAACGACAACUGCUGCCCCAGACAACAAAGAAAUCAUGGUUCAAGCAAAGUCAUGGAUCCUGACCAAAUACUUUGAUGGCUUCCCAAAGGAUAGCAACUUUGAGCUGAAGGUGGAGGAGCUCCCUGAGCCCAAAGACGGAGAGGUACUUUUGGAAGCAGUGUUUCUCAGCGUUGACCCGUACAUGAGGCCGUUCAGUUCUGUUCGCAUGAAAGAAGGAGAUGUGAUGAUUGGAACUCAAGUGGCCAAAGUGAUCCAAAGUAAGAACCCAGCAUUUCCCGUGGGAAGCCAUGUUGUUGGUCGUUGUGGCUGGAGAACACACACAGUCUGUGAUGGAAAAGACCUCAUUCCCAUCAUGCCUGACUGGCCUCAAGAUGUCUCGUUGUCCCUGGCUCUGGGCACUAUCGGCAUGCCGGGACUGACAGCUCUGUUGGGGAUAGAGGAAGUCCUGGGACUCCAGGCAGGUGAGACCCUGCUGGUAAAUGCGGCAGCAGGAGCAGUGGGCUCUGUGGUGGGCCAGAUUGCCAAGAUCAAAGGCUGUAAGGUGGUGGGUUCAGCAGGGUCCGAUGCAAAGGUGGCUUACCUCAAAGAGCUGGGCUUCGAUGAGGCCUUCAACUACAAAACUGUCAGUUCCCUGGAGGAGGCGCUGAAGAAGGCUUCUCCAGAGGGAUACGACUGCUACUUUGAAAAUGUGGGAGGCCCUUUCUCGAGUGUUGCCUUACAACAGAUGAAGAACUUUGGAAGAAUAGCCGUUUGUGGAAGUAUUUCUACGUACAAUGACACCACACCCCAAACUGGCCCGUACCCCCACCUGACCAUGAUCUUUAAGCAGCUUAAGAUGGAGGGUUUCAUGCAGAGCAGGUGGGAGCAUAAACACCCUCAGUCCCUCAAAAGGCUGAUUGGAUGGUUGAAAGAGGGCAAACUGCAGUGUCGGGAGCACAUCACAAAAGGCUUUGAAAACAUGCCGGCUGGUUUUAUGGGGAUGCUGAAGGGAGAAAACAUCGGCAAGGCUAUCAUCGCAGUCUGAUGUGGAACACAGGAUGAAUUAAAAACGAUCAGUAUUAUUAACAACCGCUACAUUAUCACAGAUUUUAUACAUGAAGGACAAUAGAUACCUACAACUAACCAAGAUGAUGCCCAUGUAGCUUAUUAGUGUGACCUUGUAAUCACAAAUUGUAGCUACAAGCAGCAAUAAGGUGACCAGGCUCCAGCAAUUUAGUCAUGAAGUGCAAAAAUGUAAUAACACCGUUUACCAUUAGUUUAGGAAACCAUUCAUUCUAUCAAAAUUUAGAAAAUUUAGAUGAUCUGUAUGGUUUGUGUGAAACUAACCUAUUCUGCUAGGUUUGAUGGAUUUUCAUUCAAGGUCAGGCACAUUUUUAUCUCAAAUACAUUUUAAAAAUGAAGACAAAAUACAAUUGACAAUUUUCUUAAAAAAGAAAAAAAAACUUGUGUACAUUUUUGGGAGACAUAGCAAGGCAGUUUUAGUAAGAAAGAAGGAAAGAAAAAAUAACUACUAGGAUGACAAAAGACUGUUAUGCCAGUGAGUAUCUGGAUGGGAGGUGCAGCUCUGCUGCUGAUACUUUCAUACAUUAUUAACUGUAACUGUAACAGUAACACAAUUAUUCAUGGUACUUGUAUUUAGUGGGAGCUUUUGUAUGGGUAAUAAAGUUUUUUUUUCUUGUCUUACAA